AUCGCUCCGCUUGCUUCACUUGCUGGCUGCUGCGUUUGAAGAAAACGGCCCACAGACUCGCACACACACACAGCAACAGCAGAAGCACCCGUGUAGAUCGCGCAGUGCGUGUACGGUUUUCGCACUGAACUGUUUCCGUUGUUUUACCGUCGGUUUUUGUGUGUGGUUUCGUUUUUAGUUUGUUGUUUGUGGUGAUUGUGUCGCUUUGGCGUCAAGAAACAGUGCACCGCACGGAUGUUACCGCCGCCACUGCUGCCCGUGGACGUGCUUUUCUUUCGGUUCCUUUGCAAUCGCCCGACCAAAGAGGUACGCCAUACUGUUGUGCACGGAGCCGAUCGGCAGCAGCAGUAGCACCAGCAGACAGUCAGAUCAAAGAGCGAUCGUCCCCACGCAAAACCCCAAGCGAGGACGGCCAUUUGUAGUGGUGGCUGGUGGCGGCCGGAUGAUAGAUUUACCGAGAGAUUAAAGCAGCGCCUUUAAAUCUAGCCCACCUCCCCAAUGCGUGUGUCUGUUUCCCGGAACGGGGAAAGCUUAUCGAGUGAUUGAUACAUUGACGGCCGGACGAAAGCUAAUUUUGGACCCACCACCAUCCGCACCACCUGUACGUGUAAAUCUGGGUUUAUAGUGCGUGUGUGUGUGUGUGCGACUGGCCGGGAGGAGGGCGUGUGACAAUUCAUCAAACGCAACGAGCGUGGAAAAUCGCUCGUGUGUGUGUGUGUGUGUGCGUGGUGGAGUGACAAAAACGAGAACUUAAUAAACAAAAAUUAACACAAGCCCCUCCCUGCCGCCGCAGCUACAAGCGAUAUGGAGGAGGACACGGAGUACAAGAAGCUGCCGAUCGACGAGCGGUGCGUGCACAAGCUGUGGAAGGCGCGCGUCGACGGGUACGAGGAGGCGGCGAAGCUGUUCCGCACGAUCGACGACGAGAAGUCGCCCGAGUGGAAUAAGUACCUCGGGCUGAUCAAGAAGUUCGUCGUCGACAGCAAUGCGGUCGCGCAGGAGAAGGGCCUCGAGACGGCCCUGGUGUUCGUGGAGAACAGCGGCAACGCGGGCAAAACGGUCGGCGAGGUGAUGGGCGGCAUCGUGGCGAAGUGUAUCGGGGCGCCCAAAACCAAGACGAAGGAGCUGGCGGUACAGGUCACGCUGAUGUACGUCGAGAUCGAGCGGCAGGAGACGGUGCUGGAGGAGCUGCUGAAGGGCACGGAGCAGAAGAAUCCCAAAAUAGUAGCGGCGUGCGUGAGCGCGAUCACGCUGGCGCUGCGCGAGUUCGGCAACAAGGUGAUCAACAUCAAGCCGAUCGUGAAGCGGCUGCCCGCGCUGCUGAGCGACCGCGACAAGACGGUGCGCGACGAGUCGAAGGCGCUCACGGUCGAGAUUUACCGGUGGAUUGGGGCGGCGUUCAAGUCGCAGAUAGCGUCCCUGCCGGCCGUCCUGCUGGCCGAGCUGGAGGCGGAGUUCGAGAAGAUUGGCAGCGAGAAGGCGACGCCGGUGCGGUACCUGCGCUCGCAGCAGGAAAAGCAGCAACAGAUUGCCGCCUCCGUGGCGGAGGGCGCGGAAGGCGAGGACGAUGGGGACGGGGGGGACGGGGGCGAUGCGGGGGAUGAGAUCGAUCCGAUGGAUCUGAUCGACCCGGUCGACAUCCUGUCGAAGCUGCCGAAGGACUUUUACGACAAGCUGGAGGCGAAGAAGUGGCAGGAGCGGAAGGAAUCGCUCGAGGCACUGGAAACGCUGCUCCAGAACCCGAAGCUACAGCCCGGCGACUACGGCGAUGUGGUGCGGGCGCUCAAGAAGGUGAUCACGAAGGACACGAACGUGGUGCUGGUAGCGCUGGGCGGCAAAUGUAUGGCCAUGCUGGCGAAAGGAUUGGCCAAGCGCUUUAACACGUACGCUGGGGCCUGCGUUCCGGCGAUACUGGAAAAGUUUAAGGAGAAGAAAACGAACGUGGUCACGGCGCUGCGCGAUGCGAUCGACGCGAUCUAUCCCUCCACCACGAUGGAAGCGAUCCUGGAGGAUGUGCUGGAGGCGCUCGGCAACAAAAACCCCAGCGUCAAGAUGGAAACGGCCUCCUUCCUUGCCCGCUCGCUCACCAAAACGCUGCCGGCGGCGCUGACGAAGAAAAUCCUCAAACCGCUCAUUGCGGCGCUGCUGAAAACGCUGAACGAGCCCGACCCGGGCGUGCGAGACGCGGCGGCCGACGCGAUCGGCACCGCCAUGAAGCUGGUGGGCGACAAAACGAUCGGCCCGUACCUGACCGAGGUGGACGCGCUGAAGAUGGCCAAGAUCAAGGAGUGCUGCGAGCGGGCGGUCAUUACGGUGAAGAUACCGGCGGCGCGCAAGGAACGCCCUGCGACGGCACCGGCCAAAGCCGUGUCGGUAAUCAAAAAAGCACCCUCGGAGACGAAGGUGGGGGCAAGCGGUGGUGGUGGAGGAGCGGCCACACUGCAGCGCCCCGCAACGGCCACUGUCGUGAAGAAGGUGGUUUCGGGCGGUGGACUGAAGAAAAGUGCUACGGGUGGUUCGAUUGGUGGCGGCAGGGGGGCUGCCGGUGGUGGUGGCGCGAAGGCUUCGGCGGCACCGCCCAACACAGAAAAGGACCUGUCGCAGGAGGAGAUUGACGAGCGGGCGAGUGAGCUGCUGCCGCCCGAUGCACUGGCCGGACUCGGCGAUGCCAACUGGAAGACGCGGCUGAGCGCGGUGGAAUCGUUCGCGGCGGCCAUUCCCGGGCUGGAGGCAAAGCCAGGCCUGUCGCAGGUGUUGCUUCGCUCGCUGGCCAAAAAACCGGGCCUGAAGGACACCAACUUCCAGGUGCUGAAGGCCCGGCUCGAUACGGCCCGAACGAUCGUCGAGCGGUACGGCAUAACGACGACCACGGCCGACUACCUGCUGACGGACGCGACGGAGAAGCUGGGCGACGCGAAGAACGGAUCGAGUGCGGCGGCACUGCUCACGGCGAUAGCGGAGGGUGGCGCCCGGCUCGACUACACCGUCCAGCGGGCGAUGGAGUUCGCCUUCGAGCAGCAAAAGUCCCCGAAGGUGCAGCAGGAGGUGCUGCUCUGGGUCGCGACGGCACUGCGCGAGUUCGGCUUUCAGGUCGAGGCGAAGGGGCUGCUGGAGAGCGCGCGCAAGGCAGUGCAGAGCAGCAAUGCGGCGGUGCGCACCGCCGGCAUCGCGCUGCUCGGUGCGAUGUACCUGUUCAUGGGCCAACCGUUGACGAUGUUCUUCGACAACGAGAAGCCGGCGCUGAAGCAGCAGAUUAUGGCGGAGUUUGAGCGUUGCGCGGGGCAGAAGCCGCCGGCACCGGUGCGCGGCGCUGGCGCAAAGGCGGGAGCCGCCGGCGGUGGCGAAGAUGAGGAUGAGGAGGGUGGCGAGGGAGGCGCAGACGAUGAGCCGGCGCCGAUGGUGAACGUGAACGAUCUGCUGCCGCGCAUCGACAUUUCGGGCCAAAUCACGGAAGCGCUGCUGGCGGAACUGUCCGACAAGAACUGGAAAACGCGCAACGAAGGGCUGGUGCGGCUGCAAACGAUCAUUGCCGAGGCGAAGCUGAUCAAAUCGACGCUCGGGGAUUUGCCGCAAGUGCUCGCCCAGCGGCUGGUCGACAGCAAUGCAAAGAUUGCGCAAACGUCGGUCGAAAUCUGCCAGCAGCUGGCGAUUGCGAUGGGCCCACCGUGCCGGCAGUACGUGCGGGCGUUCUUCCCCGGCUUUCUGAAGGGGCUGGGCGACGGAAAGGCGUUCAUCCGUACCGCCUGCCUCACGUGCAUCAACACGUGGGGCGAGCAGGCCGGCUAUAAGGACUUUUUCGACGGCGAGAUGAUCGCGGACGCGCUGAAAACGGGCAGCCCGGCCCUGCGCACCGAGCUGUACGGGUGGCUGGCGGAGAAGCUGCCCGGCCUGCCGGCGAAGAGCAUUCCGAAGGACGAGCUGGUGGCGAUCCUGCCCCACCUGUACACGCACAUCACCGACCGCAGUGCGGACGUGCGCAAGAACGCGAACGAGGCCGUGCUGGGCGUGAUGAUUCACCUCGGGUACGACGCGAUGGUGAAGGCGCUGGACAAGCAGAAGCCGAUCUCGAAGAAGGACAUCCAGGCGGCGCUCGACAAGGCGCGACCGAAUCUGCCGGUGAAGGUGCUGCCACCGCCGAAAGCGGCGCCCCCGACGGAGGAGAGCAACGUCGGCAGCAAGCUGAAGCUGAAAGCGCCCAAGUCAGCCGGAGCGGGUGGGGCGGCGGGUCGGGCAGGUGCGGGAUCGGCCGGAUCGGACAAGUCGGGUGGGGGCGGUGGUGGGGCCGGCGGGGGCAGUGCUGGUGGCAGCGGUGGAAGCAGCUCCUCCCGCAAAAAGGAGGAAGAUGCCGACUCGCUGGCCCCGCUGCUGGCGGUGAACGGGCUGAAAAAGCAGCGCCUGGUGGACGAGCAGAAGCUGAAGGUGCUGAAGUGGACGUUCACCACGCCGCGGGAAGAGUUCUACGAGCUGCUGAAGGAGCAGAUGCAGACGGCGAACGUGAACAAGGCGCUGAUGGUGAACAUGUUCCACGACGACUUCCGCUACCAUCUCAAGGUGAUCGAUGCGCUGAUGGAGGAUUUGGCCACCAACGAGGAGGCGCUGAUCUGCAACCUGGACCUCGUGAUGAAGUGGCUGUCGCUGCGCUUCUACGACACCAACCCGUCGGUGCUGCUCAAGGGCCUCGAGUACCUGAACCAGGUGUUCCAGCGGCUGGUCGACCGGCAGUACAUGCUGGCCGACAUCGAGGGCAGCUCGUUCGUGCCGCACCUGCUGAUCAAGAUCGGCGACCCGAAGGACGUCGUGCGGAACGGGGUGCGCUCGCUGCUGCGCCAGAUCUGCCUGCUCUACCCGUUCGCGAAGGUGUUCGUCUUCAUUAUGGACGCGCUCAAGAGCAAGAACGCGCGCCAGCGGGCGGAGUGUUUGGACGAGCUGGGCUACCUGAUCGAAACGUACGGGCUGACCGUUUGCCAGCCGUCGCAGCCGGUCGCGCUGAAGGAGAUCGCGCGCCACAUUUCCGACCGUGACAAUGCGGUACGCAACGCGGCGCUGAAUGCGGUCGUGCAGGCGUACUUUUUGGCGGGCGAGAAGAUCUACAAGCUGAUCGGGCAGCUGUCGGACAAGGACCUGUCGAUGCUGGACGAGCGCAUCAAGCGCUCGAAGAAGGCGUCGGUACUGCCGGCGAAGAAGCUGCCCGUGCCGACGGCGGCGGGCGGGCCGAAUCUCAACGAAACGAUGCUGGUGGCGAAGGAAAGCAUCGUGCCGUCGGCGGUGCAGGAGCUACCCCACUCCGGCGAUGGAGCAGCGGAUGAUGCGAUGGACGACGACGAUACGAUGGUGCCACCGCACGCGGAUGCGGUCGUCGUGCCGAUGAAAAUGAUUGUGCCAGAGCCGCCCCAGCCGCGGGUGGUAAAGGGUCCGUUCAAGCUGGACGAAAACGUGAUAGCGGAUAUCGAGCGGGACUGGGUGAAGGCGGACGAUCUCGGCAAAACCGUCCUCAACCCGCUGGAUGAUUCCUUCAUCUACGACGAGCUGACCGUGAUCGCGGUGAACGGCAUAUCGUACCCGGCGGACCGGUUCCGGCAGCUUACCCAGCGCAACCUGCUCUCCGGCCCCGGCGGCGGCGGGCCGGGUGAAUCGCCCGUCCACCAGCAGCACCAUCAGCCGUACACGAGCGCCGCAGUGUCCAGCAUUCGGCCGUCGCUCGACGGUAGCGGCAUGCUUUCGAAACCAAAACCUACGCCUCCCGUCGUCGGACCAAGUUUGACCGAUGCGCUGCCAAAGCUGGAUCAGAACUUGGUGCGCAUCAUCCGGGGCAUCGCCAACACGGACAGCUUCGCCGCACAUGCCGCCUUAAACGAGCUCAACGAUAUACUGCAAUCGCCGGAAAAGCAGGCCGUACUGCGCGGCUACGAGGAAAUGUACAUACAGAGCGUGCUGCAGCAGUUUAAGAACAUCCAGCAAAAACCGAUCGCCGAAUCGAUGAACAUCUACCAGCCGCUGCUGCACAGUAUUUUCAUGUUUUUCGCCUCCAAAUCGCUCGGCAAGCAUCUGACGAUCGUGUCGAUCAAGAACAUCAUCGCCGUGCUGCUGGGCCUGAUGGCGGACAAUCGGCUGGUGACCGGCACGGACGACGCCCAGUUCGUGAAGGUGGUGAACGGCAUCUGUCUGAAGAUACUGGAUCGCACCAACUUCACCUACAUGAACUGUGCGCUGAUCCGGCUGCUGAAGGAGUCCUGCCAAACGAGCUGCCUGCCAAAGUUUACCGACCUGCAGAUGAAGUGCAUCUGGCGCAACGUGAAGGUCAUCCCGGACCGGUUGGCCGAGCUGGAUUACGAGGCGGUCCUGCUGGAGGUGCACGACUUUAUGCUGACCCUGCCGUCGACCUGGUGGCAGACGCGCCCGUCCGAUAUGCCACUGCGCACGGUCAAAACCAUCAUCCACAAUAUGACGAAAAUCAAGGGCAACGCGAUACUGCAGCAUUUGAACACGAUCCCGACCCGGUCGGAGCUGCACUCGUACGUGCUGCGCAUACUGAAGAACAUCAACAAGGAUGCGACGACGACGGCGGCGGCGGCCGGUUCGUUGGGCGUUGGCGGUGAUGGUGGUGGUGAGGGUGGAGGUGCACCUUCGUUGCGACCGAGCACGGCCGGGCUGCUGGCGACCGCACAGCACAACGCAAUGAACAGUGACAAUAACAAUCACGGAGCUGGCCGCACCGGCAUGAUGAUUGGUGGCGGCGACGGGGAUGGAAGUAACUCGGUGGUGGGUUCGGAGUACCAGAAGUAUAUUGCGGUGAAUGCGAGCGUCGAAAAUGGUCCCGAUGCUGCACCACAAAACAAACAAAAUCCCGAGUUUUGGAUCGAUCGACUGAAUCACCUGCUGAAAAAGACGACCGUCGGUGGGCAACCGAACCGUGGCGGCAGCCUGUUGGGCGCAACCGGCACGCAACUCUCGCUGGACGGUGGCGGUACGGCCGGUGUUGGUGGCGUUGGCGGGGUGAUUACGGACGAGAAUCUGAACCUGAACCAAAUGCAGGGCAGCAAGUUCGGCUUUCGGCGCGGGCUGGAGGUGCACGACACCACCACCACUACCAACCUGACCGGUGGGACGCCCGUGGUCAGUGGCACGACCUCACAACGGCGCGAGCUGUUGCAGCAAAAGCUGGAGCAACUGAAGCAGCACAAGUGAGAAAAGUGUUGAGCAGAGUAACCCGCGCGUUAGUGUCAGUGGGUGGGACAGAGAGAGAGAAAGAGAGAGGGAGCAGAGUGUGUGAGUGUGUAUACACAAACCGACAUUAGGAUUAUUCUGGAGAUAAUACUGCAGGCAGUGUAAAUGGUGGGUUUUUUGUUGCGCCAUCGAUGAUAGGAAUACGUGCCCGCGUCCACCAAGAUUUGUUACAAUUCAGGAUGGUAUUAUAUCAUUGUAUCGCUCUCUCGCUCUGUCUUUCUGUAUCCUUUUUGGGGUGUUCGGGUUUGUCCGACUUUCCGGCAGGAACACCACGAAAAGGAAAUACUCAUGCCCACUCUCCCACGUAUAGAGUAUCCUCUCCUCACUUAUCAGCAGAACCAUUACAAAGCAAAACGAGUUACAUUCGCGAGCGCAAUAGCAGUAGAUUGGCUCUCUUCUCCUGGCACGCCAUCACAAUAAUAGUAUGCCUAGCGCACAACCGAAGGAUAAUAGUAACAGCAUCCAAGAUGCGUUUUUGUUUCCCCCUUCCCGCACUGUCCAGCUCUUCGUUAAUUCCGAUUAAUAGUUGGUUCGAUUUUACGACUGAACGUUUAAAAAGAAAGGUAUAGGUUAAGGUUGUGUGUGUAUCAAAGGCUUCUCAAAAAAUCUCUAUUCCCAGUCCUAGAGCGGUCCUGCUGCCCACUUUGUGUAUUUUUGGCACGGGUUCUGCUCAGCAUCCUUUCCCCACACUCCCCCCGACACACACACGCCCGAGACGCCUCCCGAAUUAUAUUUAGAUGUGUAAGGUCCAUUUUUACCACCAAUCCUCCCCCCCCCAGCAUUCAUCCGCAUUAACGUUACUUGCGUAAGAUGAUUUUGAACUGCGUUUUUAACUUAUUCUAGGUAAAUUAAUUCUCGUGUAGCGUUUCGAGCGAGGUUUGAACUGUUAGGGACAGCAAGAUUUUGUUGCGGGGUGCCUUUUAUGGAGCACGAUGCAAAAACAAAACAAAAGAAAACAUACACACCCCGUCGGGGGAGCUCUGAUGCGUGUUGUCGUUGAAAACCGUUGCUAACUUAUUUAUGAGGGUACGCCUUUCUUAGUGGUUUUAUAACUCGAAUAACAUCAUUCAUUUGCACUUAACCCGCCUCCCCCCUCUUAAAAUCCGUUUAGAAAAAGGAACAAAAAAGACUUACCGGUUAUACACACACAUAUAUAUAUACACAUUACUUAAGCUCUCAUCUCCUAUAAUGAUGCUACGGAUAUUAGUAAUCGGGUUGGAGGAAACGGUUUUUUUGGGCGCAAAAAUAUAUACAUAAAACAAAAAAAGGAAAAAAAAUCCAAACUAUAUACACCACAAACACACACACACCUACAUAAACACAGGCGGUGUGUGUGUGUGGGUAUACAUAGCAGUUAACCUUCAGCAAACGCCAGUUAUAAACGCGCCCGCGCUUGCCGUAGGGAUUCGUUACGAUCUUUGUUACACACGUGUUUCGUUACCUUCUUCUGCGCCAUGACCUCGUCUACUUCUUCUUCUUCUUCUUCAUGCACACACACACACAGAGUACACAUGUUAAUACAAGUAACUUGCUUCACGGUUGAAAUGCAUGCUUAGGGAAAAGCAAGAAAAAGAUGAGAAGGUGGAAAAGAAACGUGGUUUUGUUUAAGGUUUUUGUUUCUGUGGCUCCUAGGCUCUAAAAUGCAGUAGUGAACGCGGGAGUUUUUCCAUCCCUUAGUGCGCUAGAGAGAAGAGAAGCAGGAGGGGGAGAAGAGUAGUAGCAUUCAGUUGGUGUUUGAAUUUGCUGUGUGUGUGUAUAUAUCUUGCAAUAUAUCAGAGAGAGAGAGAUUGCACACCAGCUUGUGGACGUUCCUGUGUUGUGAUUACAAAUCAAUUACGAGAAAUGUACGAAAAAAGAGACAGAAAAUGCUGAUUUAAGGAUUCAACACACACACACGUAAACCAGUCUCACACAAGAAAAUUGCUUAACCUGACGAAAAUAAAAACUAUAUUUGAAUAAUAUUAAUUCAUGUAAAAAA